CGGUCAGUGAGAGUGUUAUACGGAGAUAUGAAUGUUUGCAAUUUUGUAGUGUUUUUUCUGCUAUCGUCGGCUGUACACUGCUUAGGUAAGUAAAGAGGGUUUCCAAAGGGAUUGUCUUAAGUCCUGCAUUGUCAGAUUAAAUCUGAUCUGGAAUGCUAACUUUCCGAAAUGUCUCCAAUACGUGAGCUUAGGCGGUAGAACAGAAAUCUAUGCCUUUUUUGUCCACAAGGACAUAUCUGCUAAAUGGUAUCCCGGUUUUUCGCAGAUCAUAGCACGCAAUCUACUUAUUCUUUGGUUAAAAGGGAGUCAGAAUACUCCGGUGGUUUUUUUCGUUGUUUUUGGACGGUUUGGUCAGUGAAUUUUGUCUCGUUUCAACCUUGUUUUGGUGCUUACGACGAGAGAUGUAGGAAUCGUGACAUGCAUUGGAAAUUACUGAGUACCUUGUUGUUUACAUGUUUCACUAUUGAUAGCAUCUUCUUGUCCAAUACUUCUAUUCCUCUCUCAAGCUUACUAAUUUUUUUUUUCAAAUUGAGGAAGAAUUUGAAAGAGUUUUUAAUAUUUUCGACUGUUUAGAAACAUUUGUUGCCGUAAAGUACAGGCUUACUAAAGGUUAAAUGUUGUGACGAGUUGUUUGACAUCAAUGUACACGGGAACUUCAAUUAGUAGAAAUCGCUUUCAAGAGAAGAUUUUAAUGGCCUGCAAUCGUAGCCGAUGACGUGUAAUUUUCCUUUAAAUUCUCUCUUAACCCCUGUCCAUCGUAAAAAUUUUUGUAUCUUUUUUUUUUUUUAGGAUGCAAUAUUCCACCUAGUGACAUAGUAAGUCGUUCGCAUUCGAAUUGAAGGUCAUUGUUAAUGAAUUCACAAAACAAAAGUAUUCCGUUGCGUUCCUUUUACAUUGCCCUCGGCUUUUUAUAGAUAUAUCUUUUUUUUUUCGUUUUUAUUUUCCUUUUCUGGAUACCCCAAAAAAGCAUAGCCAUGCUUCCUUGACUUUUCUUGCAAGCGUCUGUCUGCGAAGACCCUUUUCGAGAUUUGUUUGUUUUCCUUCGAUUCGCGUACUUUCAUAAACAAAUGUUCGUAUGAUUUUGGGCACGCUUAUCGAGUUGCCAUUUUUUAAACCACAAGUUAUUCAAUACAUUGAACUAGAUUUUUUUCAAAAAUAUGCUUUUUUGAUACUAGUUCCUUCGACAAUGAUCGCUUUUCAGAAAACGUGACUCCAGUAAUAGUUGGCUGGCAAAGCUCUAAUCGACAAUAUUGACUUAAGAACAACAAAGUGAGGCUUGCCUUUCAAUUGUACAUGGUUUAACUAGGUGCAUGUCGCUUUUUAAGCCCUUGUGAAUUUGUUUUAAUAUCCCGAAUCCGGAAAAUCGUAGCCGACGUGCCCUCGUGUCAAAUUUACCUCGAACUUGAGGACCGGUAUGUUAUACGGAACCGAUGUUGAAUAACGUGAGGCCGACUUCUUUCCCAAGUUUUUAAUAUCGAUUGCUACUGUUUUGAAAUAUAAAAAUAGCUCUGUACCUUUCAGUUCGGAUUUGUUAGUUUCCGAAUAUAUUAAUCGCUUGUCUGUACAGUUUUCAACAUCAAUAAUCCCUUCUUAAAGCUCUAGUAUUGCAGUUUACACCAAACGUGUGAUGAUGUUUUAAACGUUAUGCUACGAGAUUGACGAGGGCAGCUGCGAUGACCCUUCUGUAGUGAUCUGUGUAUAGAGCUUUGAUUUGACACAGUGUGAAUCGGGAAAACAUGUUGCAAUAUACGGCUGAAAGUGAAAGAGGAACGUGUAAAAUUAGUAACAGGGGUUUUUUUUUUUGAGUAAUUUGCCUAUAAAUUUGUCUGGUUUUUUUUUGUUAUUUUACUUCCACAAUAUAAGUAUCAUUCUUUUAUUGAUGAUCAGUAAUUAAUACUUCUAAAAUGCAGAAUGAACCGUUUUUAAUAUUAUCUCCCAUAUGCACAUUUUCUUGUGUGAAAAAUGGACUUCACUCAAGGCUGCUUUGUUGCAUCAAUAUGUUGCAUUUUUGUUUCAUGGGUCAGUGUUCUUUUGUAGGUGGUGCACCCCUAUUAGUAAAUAGCUCACAGGUUUUCAGCCUUGUGUUUAUAAAAUUCCCAGAUCUUUAAAAAUAUCUGAAAGGUUUUAAUAAAAGAUGUCCUUAGAUGGACAUAAUUAAAAACAAAGCCAGGUGCAUCACAAAGAACAGUACAAUAGUAUUGAAAAGAUAUUGUGCAAUAUCUGUACAAUUGCAUGCCUGGAUGUUUCUGCCAGUGAAGCAUCACCCAGAAACUGUUACAGUAGACUUUUAUAAUUUUUGAUUAACUUCGUUUAGAAAAAUUGUUUUUUGAACAAUGUUGUUUUGCAAUUCUUGUUAUUUGAGGGGAGAGUGCCUCAGUACCAGUAAAUGAAUCAGCAAGCUUUAUUAACUUAGCAGAGUUGUUUAUUUAAUUAGUGUUUGAGAAGUCCACAAGGGCUCAUAAAUUAAUUGUUGUUAACAAUUCAAGAUCUUGCGCAAUUUGCCCAAAAGUUUCUCAGCAGCAUGUGGCUUUUGUUCAUUUUGUUGCAUUAGACAGCUGCGCCUGUUUGAAAUUCUAUAAAACAGGUGAGCAACGCAACCCUGAAACCCCUGAGUAUCUGUCACAUAGUUCUCCAUUCUUACGAGGUGCAUUUCUUGGUUGCUGGGAGAAUCUAGUGAGCUAUCAAAAUAGCAAUCUUAAGCUGAUAAGUGUGUCUUCACUUGUAGCAGAAUAAAAUAUUCGAAUUUAGAGGAGAGGUGACAUGUUCCAUGGGUGUGGUCUCACCAAAAAAGGCUUUUGUACUGAAAUAGCAAAUUCACGUGUAGUCACAAAAAUUAUAAUCACAGUUAAUCAUACUCAGACUUGUUGUCUUAUCCACAGGUUAAAUAUGAGUUAUAUUAUGCAUUAGUUAUAUGUUAUCAGAAUCCCUCGGCAUUUUAACAGUGAUCUUGCUCCUUACAUGUUGCUUUAUAGCAAAUGUAUCAUAUGUCGCUGAGGGACUAUUAUGAAAUGUUUGCAAGAUGUCCAUUGUCUUCUGUAUCGUCACAACAAGUAUUGAAAAAAUAAUAUCUUUGGUUCUAUUGAAAAUAGUUCACUAAUUCAAAGUUUCUAUGAUACACUGAUCAAACUUACUGGAUUCUUUUACAAGGCUGCAACACAGGCAGAUGAAAUGAGUUUGAAUAUAGCAUUACAGCAAACACUGAGAAAAUGAAAAUUUUGAGAGACACGAUUCUUUCUUUAAUUUAUUUUAAAAUGGAGUCAACAGUGGCACUGCAUUAUUUCUUGGCAAGGGAAGUUUAAUUAAAAUUUACUAACAAGCAAAAACUCUAUGAAAAGUUGACCAGACUACAGUGGUGAACAAACAAACAAAGCCACUAGAAACUCAAGAUGAUCAACUGAUAUGCGAUCCUGCUUAAUUGCCAGUUUUUACAUUGCUCAUUGGAACGAACAAUGGCCACUUCAUAAUAGAGAAAACAAUUGCUUAACUCAUUCAUAUUAAUUAUUCAAACACAUCUGAAAAUAGAGAUGUAAACUCAUCUAUCAAAACCAGUAUGUGUAUGGUCUUAUAUGUGUACUAUGUGCAUUUGACUUGUAUGUCUUGGUCCCCUUAUCUCUGAACUACACUGUGCAUGUUCACUGGCUGAGAAAGGGUGGUCCAGAUGGGAAAAUAUUUGGCUUAAGGUCAUGACUUAGAUACUGAGUCCUCUGAGGCCUGUACAGCAUGAGCAAAGGCCAAAUAGUUUUGUGUCUGGUUUAACCCAACUCAGAUUACAAGCAUUUUAUCACGUAACUGCUGCCCUUUCUCCAUCACCUUUAUUAUCUCUUUCUUCUGUCAGAGCCCAAAUGCUUUUUUCAGCCCUGCAUAGUCCAUAUUGUAUAAGACAAGCUGGCUUGAACCAGGCCAAAAUGAUAUACAAGAGUCUUUAAGGAAUGCAUCUCUCUUAAACCUGCCCUAUGCUUUGUUUUUACUUUGGUCAUCCUUGCAAUUUUUUAUUGAUAUAUACAUGUAAAGCCUUCUUCAAAUUACUGCCUCAUUUUAUAAAAUGUGGUUGUCCAUUCUCGAUACACUUCAUAGGAAAUCAGUUUUAUGUCGAACAAAAAGCGUACAUUCCUAUUUUGCAUUCUGUUGGGUAAUGAAGUGCACUCAAUAGGCUUAACAUUAUAGUUUUUUCUUAAAAUUCUGUCAAAUAGUCCUGAUACAGUCAUUUUGACGAGGAUGUCUUGAAAAUUUAAGUCCCAUUCGUUACCCAACAUACUGUUAAAUAAUUAACAAUUUGGAUCAAAACCUGUAUUGGCCUUUCUUUACAGGAGAUCCCAAAAGAGAUGGAAAAAGCCCUCGACUGGUGUGUCAUUUCUGUAGCAAGUCUAACAGCAGCCAAAGUGAAUGUACAUGGAUCAACACAACUUGUGAUGAGACAAGCAAACACUGUUACACCAUGUGGAUAAAUGACUCUUCAAGUAAAGGAGGGGUACAACAUGCAGGGUGCUGGCAGCAAAAUGCAAACUGUGAAGAUUCAUUGUGUUUGGGAGAGAAGACACAUAAUGGGAAAGGUUUUUUCUUUUGCUGCUGUAAUGAAAAUCUUUGUAAUGGGAAUUUCAGUUUACGCCCUGAGACAACAAGAUCAACAGUAACUUCUGAACCAAGUAAGUUGAGAAUUGAAGAUUUUACUAUCCAAAUACUUAAUGUAACUUAAAAACCUCUCAUGAACCAAAUUUAUAUGAAUUAUUUGAACUCAUAUUUUCUGAAAAAUUAAAUCCUGGAACAUGUGAGAGGUGAUGCGAAAAAAAUAUUACACAAAAAGCUAUUAAUAAGCAAGGACUAGUAAAGAAAGUUCAAUCUGGAUUAAGAAUGGAUAUAUUUGUGUUGAUCUAUGAUUAAACCUACGAACAUCGAAUGGUGGCAUGAUGCACAUUUCUUGUUUGUUGUAACUCAUUUUGUCAAUCAAAGGGUUGCAAUUUAUCUACAUGUACAUAUCUUCUCAUGCCAUUAAGAACCAAGUGUGCCAUUAAGCCAGUGGGAUUGAAACCUCAUGCUUGAAAUCAAGGUUAAAGUGAUCAGUCAGUCUAAGAUGGCGCCCAAACCCUGAAAUAGAACAGCAUCUGGAAGGAAGCGACACAAACAGUGUGCAUUUCCCCAGUGUCAAAUGCAAUGAAUAAAUUAUCAAGGUGUUGUAAUCUCCAUCAUGCAUGACCUUUGUGUCUGCCCUCUGGUGGCAAACAGGUUUGCCCAGGAAAUCUUUGUGUCACUUAAUAUUAUCAUUAUUUAAGUUUACACUUGGGUUCAAGUGUAGUGGUUUUCUUAUCAUGAAAUGUUAAAUAAGUAACAAAGUCCUUUGAUAAAAACUUCUUAGUUCUUAAAUUUCAAUGACGCAAAUAUAUGAAGUUGGUUUCAUGUAGUGAUUUUUCCCUCCAUUUGCAUUGAAAACAAGCAUGUGAAUUGAGAAAUAUAAAAAGGAGAAGAGUUCAUGGGUUAAAGCCCAAGAAGCCUGAGGCAGAAAUGAAAUAAAAUUUGACAAGGAAUGACAAGAACAUCUUGCUGAAAUGGUUAUGAGCUCAUACUUAACUCAGUUUGGCUGCUAGCAACCAAUCAGCAGUCAUCAAGAAAAGGUCUGCCGCAGCAGGUCCAAGAUGCCUGCAACUUGAGAAAUUGAAAUUGCUGGCAAGUGGAAUUGUACCUACAGGCUAAAUUCCACUUGCUAGCGGGUAAGGCUUCUAGGUAGGUUUUGUUAUACACAAUAACUGCAAGUUCUCCCAAACUUUUUUUCUGUUGAGAGUCUCUUAGGACUGUCUUGGAUGGUUCUGUGUCUGUGUUUCUUUCGACUUUUGGCAUUUGUAGCAGCCAGGGUGUUGAGAGAAGUGGGCGCUUUGUCACUUAAAGACAUGAAAUGUUUGAAAAACUUAAGAUUGAAUUAACUUCUUUUGUUUUUGCACCAUUGUGAUCUUUUGAACAAAUUAUUAGGAUAUGAAAAGUUAACAGAUUGCAUUGCAAUUUGGCUGGAUUGCUAUUUUAAAAUGCCAACCAAAAAAACUGUGUUUGGGAUUUCAAUUUGGUGAAAAGAGUCUCCUGCAAUGGCCAGUGGUAAAAUUUUGGGAGGCAAACUUGACGGGAAAUUGCAUAAUAGGAUUAACCCCUGUAAGUGGAAUUAUACAGAGGCCCUAUCAGUGUGGUCGGAUAUGAUAGCAGAUUAGUUCACUCAAAGAGAUAUUGUCAAUUUCUGAUUUGUUCUGCCUUUGUGGAUUUCAUCAAGCUAAAACAAAACAAGUUUUGCCAAAAUAGCAUAUGCCAUAACCUUUCAAUUGAUGUUUAGGAAUUUGUGGUGACACUUAAAAUGGCAUGUGAACAAUUUUAAUCACAAAGGACAUGGGAAAGGUCUACCACAUCUUAAACUAGGUAAAACAUAACUGAGAAAUUAUCACUUUCCCUGGAGAACUCAAAAGGAUUCUGUGUGCUUUGUGCUAAGAUAUGUUGUAGUACUAAACUCACUGGUUGUUUGUCGAAAUACAAUCAUGUAAGCAAAAUGGCUCUCCAUUGUACUCAUAGCCUGUAAUUUAAGAGUGGAAUCCAGUACAAAUUGGUGACUGCUGUUGUACUUUAAAGUCGAUGAAAUAAAGAUUUUUGGCUAUGGUGAUCUAAACAGUCCCAGUUUCGAGCACUGUGCAAGAGUUAUUUUCACUCGUGGAUAUAGGAAGCAUAGGAAUGAGAGUAAUGUUGGGAUUUAAUAUGCAAAUUUUGUGGUGUUAGCAGAGCAAGAAACUUUCUUUUCAAGUCACUUGUCCAUUUGGACAAAUGUGUGUUUAUUUUACAACCAAAAGCUUACUAAUCUGCAAAAUGUCAACUAGUGGAUCAGACGUGGAAUUCACUCAUAAAUUAAUGGUUUAACUUUGCAUAAAAAAUUAAACACAUGUAAUGCACACAAAUUGUUAAUAACUAUCUGUAAGCUGUACUUAUUUUUAUUUGUAGCAAAGAUAUACCCUCCUUUUUAGUUAAGUGAUGGCAGUAGCAUGUCACUCCUUACCAAAAAAUCAACUUGAAAGCUCUGUAUGUAUGUACGAAAACAAGAUCUGAUGUAGAAAAAUAUGUCCGCAAUGGGUUACUUUUUCUGGGAAAUCUUGAUCCAUCAUCAUUGACGCCAGGAGGUCCCACUGUCCCAUUUGUUUGCCAUUUCAGGAGGCAAGAUAACCUCCUGGCACGGUGUGAGUCAUUUGUGAACUUUUAUAGGCUAAAAUCCUGCAUUCGAUUUUGGUAUGGAUACAACCACUUUAUUUAUAGGGUGUAUAGAUUUACAGAUUUUUGUCAAAUUUCGCCAAAACAUUCCAGGGAUAAUGACAAAGUGAAGCAUGUUGGGAAGUUUUGAUAUUUGAAAUAUUUGUCCCUUGGUGUCCAAUUAUGCAACACACCUUGCAUAUUUUUCACUACUCCAACUUAAGAUGCUGAUAUUCUAGACAAUCAAUCAAAAUGUCAAAAAGCCUGACACUCUUUUGUUGAUUGAUGCCUUGGGAAUAAGACUAUGCAGCCAUUUUGCUUGUGCUGCGGCAUCUGAUACCUAAUUGAUUCAACAGAAGAACCCUUGGUCAUUUCACACCUUACCAGCUUCUGACAUUUCUUUAAAGGAAAAGUUGCUUAAAUUAUAUUUUUAUUGUAAACAGCAGUUUGCAAGCUUUCUUCUGAUGUAUAAUUUGCAAGGAUAUUAGUGAAACCAACGCACAUUCGAAUUUUUUCCCAAAGGACACCUGCGAAGGUGGGAAGUAACCUCAAUAGAGGUUCUGUAGUAUUUAAACUUUUGCUCUUUGUUCUCAACAGUAACUACAGGAGGAAUAAUACAAUAUACCAACAAACCUUCAGAACCUGACAGACGUGGCCCCACAUACACACUGUUGUAUUUAGUGGCUCCAAUUUUUGUAUUAGCAGUUAUCCUGGUAAUUGGGUUUUUUAUGUAUCGCCGCCACAAAACACCAUUUCCAACCCGUAUCCUGGAAGAAGAACUUCUCAACUCAAUCCCUCCACCAUCCCCAGAGCUGGGCUUCAGACCCAUUCAGCUUGUGGAAGUCAUUUCACAAGGAAAGUUUGGCACAGUAUGGAAAGCGGAUUAUCUCGAAGAUGCAGUUGCUGUUAAAGUUUUCCCAAUGGCCCACCAGACUGCUUGGGUCUGUGAAAAAGAUAUCUUUACAACUUGCAACUUGAAACAUGAAAAUAUUCUUAAAUUUGUUGCGGUAGAGAAGCACAACAAUGGCUUAUGCUCUGAGCUGUGGUUGAUAACAGAGUAUCACGAGCAUGGAUCUCUUGGCGAUUAUCUUAAGGGCCAUGUAAUAACAUGGCCAGAGCUGUGUUCAAUGGCAGGAAGUAUGGCUAAUGGCCUUGCAUAUCUGCAUACAGAAGUAUUAGAAAGUUCUUUCAAACCCUGCAUAGCCCACAGAGAUUUCAAAAGUAAAAAUGUGCUGGUCACAAAGGAUCUAACCUGCUGUUUGUCUGAUUUUGGACUGGCAAUGAAGUUUGACUCAAGCGGGGAUCCAGGGGAGACACAUGGCCAGGUGAGUCAGGCCUCAGUGAGCUGCAUAGCUUGUAGGCAAACAGCAUAGGCAGCUGGGCAAAGGGAGCAGUGGGGGCUACACUUGAGAGGACUUCGCGCCCCCCCCCCCCAAUUUUUGUUUCUGGAUAUUGCUAGUGUAGUAUACAAUUAGUGUGGCAAAGCAUUUGGUUUUAUUAGGGUUGUGCAUCAGCAAAGUCCUAUUUAGUAUAAUGUUUUUUAUCAUAGCAGCUCUGGCCUGAGUUCUAGUAGUAAACAUAAAAAUGUUUUGGUAGAUUUGCAUAAGGGUAUGCAUGCAGCUUGAUAUAUGGAAUGACCCUCCUUUGCAAAAUCAUUCCUGUAGGUAUGAUAUGCGCAUCAUGGAAAUUUUAAGGGAAAUUUUUUGGUUGAAAAGAGAGCAUUUUACUGAUUUAAUCAGUGACUUAUGCCCAAAAGAGCUGCUGAAUUUGCAAAGUGAGCAAGCUGCAAAGUAUGAUACUUUGCCCUAUUCAAUGAAAUAGAAUGCUGAAAUACCCUAAAACAAGUAGUAACAGAAUAUCAAAGGGGUGGUAUGAUGGAAUAUCCUAAAAUGCAGAAUUCCUUGUUGUAUGAAGCAAGAAACUAACAAAAAUGGAAUUCCAUAAAAUAUUAACAUGAAAAGAAGUAUUGCUUGAUCACUAUUAGAGCCUCAAGGAUUGGGGCAACCAUGAGGUUUUCUAGCUAUGUCUUUAAUUUAUUAAGAUAUUACUAUUGCUAUCAUUAUUAUUAUUAUUAUUAUUGUUAAUAUGAUUAUGGAGAUGCUGCAGGUUUUCUGUUUUGCACAUGAAUACACUACCUUCUAGCGUCACUAUACUGUAUGCUACAUACAGUAUAAUGCCACAGUGCUAUAAAAAUUGUGCAAUAUCAGUAGCCCCACACAGUCUCUGACUGUCUAUUUUUACAGGUUGGAACAAGGCGUUACAUGGCACCAGAAGUACUUGAAGGAGCCAUCAGCUUCACAAGGGAGUCAUUUUUGUACAUUGAUAUGUAUGCCUUUGCUCUGGUUCUUUGGGAGUUGAUGUCCAGAUGUACUGCUGCUGAUGGUGAGCAAAUCUAUGAAUACUGUACCAGUAUAUUUCUCAGAUGGCAGCUCAUCUUCCAGGAUCAUUACUUAAAUUAACCCUUUACACCAUAACAUCAGUAUUGAUUUUCUUCAGACUCUUCUUCAUGCUUUUCCUUUGGUGUUGACAAGGAGAAUUUGUGUAGCAAUCAAAGCUUCUUGGGUUGGCGAUCAUUUCAGUUAUUGUCAUGAUGAUAUUAAAUGAUGUGGCAGUUUUGCUGCAAGGAGAAAUUAGAUGCUGGUCACUUGUAGGGGUCAAAGAGUUUAUUUUUAUCAGUGAGGGUCAAAAGAUCAUUUAUUUCAUUUGAUUAUGAUCAGAUUUCUUAAUGGGAACAAAGAACCUGCUGAAAUUUGCCUCACUACCAACAUGUGGCUUCACAGCCCAGUUGGUUGAAGCAUCCAACUGGUAUCUGGAUAGCAUGAGUUCCUAAAGCCAGAAUAUUUUUUGCCUUAUAGCCUACAAAUGAGGAUCUUUUUUUAAUUGAGCAUUAUGCGCAGUUCACAAUAUGAUUUAUUUCAAUGGGUUGGGAUAUUAUAAAUACUUUAUUUCCACAUGCCACAAAGAAUAUUUUUCCUUGAUUCUAAAGUGGAGAAUAUUUUUUUGUCAGGUCCUGUUGAUGAAUACAAAUUGCCAUUUGAAGAAGAAAUAGGAUCACAUCCUUCCUUAGAGGACAUGCAACAAGUUGUAGUACAGCAAAAGAUCAGACCUAAAUUCCGACCAGACUGGUUUGUCCACUCGGUACAAACAUUUACCUUUUACUCUCUAACACCAGAGAAUUUAAGAAAGAUGUUUUUCAUCUUGUUACGAGCAUGGGACAAAUAAAAAUUCUGAGUCCCUAUGAGGAAUCGAACUUCAGACCUUCGGAUGGUCUGUAUCCGAAGGUCUGAGGUUUCAUUCCUCAUGGGGACGCAGAAUUUUUAUUUGUCCCAUGCUCGUGACAAGACAAAAAACAUCUUUCUUAAUUCCUUACCGAGCUCAAAAACUUACCAUCUCUACCAUCUCUAUCAACACCAGAGAAUUUGUUUGACAAUCAAGGGCUUCUUUAGUUGGUGACUGUUUCCUUUAUUUGCAUGACCUUAUUAUUUGAUUCAGGGGUGAUACUGUGUGGAAAAAUGAGAUGCUAGUUACUCUUAGGAGUCAAAGGGUUUUGUAGCAUCCCUUUGGUGGUUUCAAUAACAUGAUACAAAUAGGUACGUGCAGUGAGAAUAGCAGGCAGCUAGUUUCGAAGGCCUUGAGAAUCUCCUGUUCCACGGGAGAUGCAGAUUCCCCAUGGAAAGUUUGAAGUUCUGGAUUCUUUCUGUGGCAUUUUUCUACAUUUGGAGGUCCAUUUAAAAUUAAACAUGUAGUUUUUGAUAAUGGUGAACAGUUUAAACCAGAAAUCUUACUUGAAAGAAAUCAGUUUGAAUUUAAGAUGCUAUAAUUUGCAUGGUAUAGUUUUGUCAAGAUUUUAAAUCAGAAUUGGUUUAGAGAAACUGCCGAUAAGAAUUUUUUUUUUUUGACAAUCAGGAGCUUCUUAAAUUGUUCAUUAUUUUCUUCAUCCUCUACCUUUAUAUUUGGUUCAGUGGUGAUACUGUAAUGAGAAUUAGAAGCUAGUCACUCUUAAGGGUUAAAGUGUUCAGGGAGUUGUGGUAUUCAUAAAAAUGUCUCAGAAUACUAAACGAUUGAUUGUUAUUUUGUACCUAGAAUAUGGCGAGCCUUCUUCAAACUAUUGAAGAAUGUUGGGAUCAAGAUGCAGAGGCUAGGUUAACAGCUCAGUGUGUCGCAGAAAGGUUAUCUCAAUUCAACACAAAUUCAAGCUUCGAUUUGGCGCAUUCUCCCACUGUUACAACAGUAGUCAACAACACCAACAUUACUCCAUCUUCAAAAGAAUCAUCAAUAUAA